GGGAGCGUAGCGGGAGCGAGAUGCCCGCUGGAGCUGGCCGGCUGCAGUCAUGUUGCAUUGGAAUGAGGAAGUGGAGUGGAGAGGGGAGGGACUGAGAGCGGAGCUGCCUCCUGCCGCGGCUCUGCUGCGAGGAGGAGCCGCAGCACAUGGAGCUGGAGAGGACUGGGAGAACUGUCUGCAGCCAGCCCCGGCCAGAGCAGAUUACUUGAGGAAAAUGGAAACAGAUGAGGCUCAAGAUAUGUCUCAGGUUUCAGGAAAGGAAAGUCCUCCAAUAAGUGAUGUCCCAGAUGAUGCAGAUGAGCCCAUGCCUGUACCAGAAGACCUUUCAACCAGUACAGGAGGACAGCAGAAGAAUGACAGAGUUUUGGCCAGUAAUAUUAAAAUAGAGACUCAGAGUGAUGAAGAGAAUGGGCGUGCCUGUGAAAUGAAUGGGGAAGAAUGUGCGGAGGAUUUACGAAUGCUUGAUGCCUCUGGAGAGAAAAUGAAUGGCUCACACAAUGGCCCAGGCAGCAAAGCUAUGUCAGGAGUUGGAGGCAUUCGACUUCCUAACGGAAAGCUAAAAUGUGAUAUCUGUGGGAUAAUUUGCAUCGGUCCCAAUGUGCUCAUGGUUCACAAAAGAAGCCACACUGGGGAACGCCCUUUCCACUGCACUCAGUGUGGAGCCUCCUUUACUCAGAAAGGCAACCUCCUCCGCCACAUAAAGUUGCAUUCAGGCGAAAAACCCUUCAAAUGUCACUUGUGCAACUAUGCCUGCCGACGCAGGGAUGCCCUCACGGGCCACCUGAGGACUCAUUCUGUUGGCAAACCUCACAAAUGUGGAUACUGUGGCCGAAGCUAUAAACAGCGCAGCUCUUUAGAAGAACAUAAAGAACGCUGCCACAAUUACCUGCAAACCAUGAGCCUCUCAGGCAGCUUGUAUCCAGUCAUAAAAGAGGAAACUAACCAGAGUGAAAUGGCUGAAGACUUGUGCAAGAUAGGGUCAGAGAGAUCCCUCGUGCUGGAUAGACUAGCAAGUAACGUCGCCAAACGUAAGAGCUCUAUGCCUCAGAAAUUUGUUGGUGAGAAAUGCUUGUCUGAUGUUCCAUACGAUGCCACCACUAAUUAUGAGAAGGAGAGUGAAAUGAUGCAGACUCAUGUUAUAGACCAGGCCAUUAACAAUGCCAUCAGUUACCUAGGGGCAGAGUCUUUGCGUCCCCUUGUGCAGACACCUCCAGGCAGCUCUGAAGCAGCACCUAUUAUCAGCUCCAUGUAUCAACUCCACAAACCUCUUGGGGACAAUCACGCUCGUUCCAAUCAUACUGCACAGGACACCGCGGUGGAAAACUUGUUGCUGCUUUCCAAAGCCAAAUCCAUCUCCUCUGAAAGGGAUGCCUCCCCCAGCAACAGCUGCCAAGACUCAACAGAUACAGAGAGUAAUAAUGAGGAGCGCAGCGGUUUAAUUUACCUGACGAAUCACAUAGUUCCCCAUGCAAGAAAUGGCCUGUCUAUAAAAGAAGAACAGAGGCAAUAUGAAGUCCUGAGGGCAGGUACUGACAAUUCUCACGAUGCUUUCAAAGUGAUCACCAGCAAUGGGGAGCAAGUAAAAGUUUACAAGUGCGAACACUGUAGAGUUCUUUUCUUGGAUCAUGUGAUGUACACCAUCCACAUGGGCUGUCAUGGGUUCCGUGAUCCUUUCGAAUGCAACAUGUGUGGCUACCACAGCCAGGACAGAUAUGAAUUCUCUUCUCACAUAACACGAGGGGAGCACCGUUUCCACAUGAGUUAAAACCCCUCCCACACAGAUGCGACCUUGUCAGCUGUACUACUGGAGCUGUAUGAAUGACAAAAAACAUCAGUCUGUUGGACAGAAAAAUCAUCCAGCAAUGAAUAUUAGAAGACCUGGCCCCAGGAGUUUUCUCUCUUGGUAGCAUAUAUUGCAACUUAAUUUUAUAAAAUGCAUAUUGAUGUUUUUAUUGCAAAUAUUUGGAUCACCAAAUCUUUAGUAAGUAGGAGCUUUUGUAGUCAGGUAGCUGAAUCCACUUCCUUCUAGCUAUUGCUUUCUGCAGACCUCUCUCCCCAACACAGUUAAGCAUGUACACAAUGCACAAAAACUUGGCUGAGGGCUAGAAAGGCCUUGUGCUAACAUGCUGAGAAUAGGGCUCUUUCACCAGACACAUAUUUUUUUUUAACUUCCCAUUAUUACUUGGGUCAUUAGGAAGACUUAAUUAAAAUAAAGACAAAGCAGCCCAACCAGGACCCUUGAGUGGUGCCAUGGGGACCUGGAAUGGUGUUGCAAGCCUAGACCCUUAACUGGCACUAUUUUAGCAGUGAAGUAAAAUAACACAAUAGCACACACCGAGGUGUGUAUUUUCUUGCCUGCAUGGCAUACCUUAUUUCUAUUGUGAAGCAUAAGGCCAGCUGUUUGAAGGACAUGAGCAACACCCUUGCAAUACAUACUCUGGAGUGGCAAUUGCAUUUAUUUGGAGAAAAGGGUUUUGUUGACUUUUUAAAAUAAAUAUUUUCCCUCCCUAUCCAAUAAAAACUCACUUUUUCCUUAAAAAUAUAAGGUUUAAAAAUCUUUCCACAUAAGAAAACAGCCAUUUAUGAGGAUUUUUUAAAAGGAGUUUUAAUUAUAGAAAAAUACGAUAUUCAGUAGGAGAGAGAAAAUGUUUGGAGAAUAUUUUUAUGCACCCUUCUUUCAUUUUGGGGGCAAAAUUUUUACAACUGGCUGCAAAAUUUCCACGUUCACCCAUUUUGCAUAUGAAAAUGCCCAUUCUGCUUGCAUAGCAAGUACUCUGGCUAAUUUUGUGGGCUGUCUCUGGAAAAUUUAGCCCACAAUGAUUUUUUUUGAAGCACUGAAAUGAAUUAAACAGCCAUUUAAAAAACUUAGUGCCUAGCCCUCCCCUUUCUCUACAAUUAACUAUUCAUUAAGAGAUCCAUUCUGCAAGGUACUGAGCACUCUGGCCCUGAUCUAGCAAAGCACUUCAGCAUUUGUCUGAGUAGCCACAUGAACAUAAAUAGAACUAUUCUGAUGCUUAAAGAGAAUCCCAAAUUUAAGGGGCUUUUUGCUGGAUUGAGGGCAGAGCAAGGAUCAAGCCCUAUGAAACCAAAAACAUUUAUUCUAUCGUCCCCCUCCAUUCAGCGCCCCCUUCUUGGCAACUAGCUAUUUAAAUGCUAGUAAAAUGAAAAGACAUCUGAAGCACAAAGACAGCUGAUAGUAAAAACUGCCAAUCUGUUUGUCUCUUCUUUAGUUCCUCUUCCAAAUAGCUCAUUCCUCUCCGCAAACAGCCUACUGGCUUUAAGACUGGGUAAUAGUGAUAUUUAUGCAACUUGGUUAAGAAUCGCCUUGCAGAGCUGGAAUAUUUCCACAACAGUACAGGUACUAAUAAUUAAUGUCUGAGUUGCCCAACCCAUUGAAUGUACAAACAUUUCCACUGUAUAAGAGAUUGGUACUACCCCAUAAACAAAAAAAACAUGUAUUGCAACAAGACCAUUUCUUAAGUUUUGUAAUACUGUUACGUAUUUUAUAGAUAGAUAUAGAUAUUCAUUCAUAUUAUGGGCCAAAUUCAAUAGAACUAGUGCACUUGCACCAAGGAUGAAUGGGAUCCAAUGGGUGUAUCUAUUACAUAUGUAUAAUAUAUAUAAACAGACAGAGGGGUCCUGGUUCUGCUUUCACUUAUGCAGCUGUAAAUCAAGAGCAACUCCAUUGAGGCAACGGAAUGAUACUGGUGUAAGUGAGAUUUUAAUAUGCUUUACACCUCCCCCCCCCACACACUUUACUUUGUUACACUGUACAUUCAUUCCUAACUAUAAGAAAUUUACUUUGUAAAAGCCAAGCUCCUUGGAUCACAAGGGGGAUAUUAUGUAGAAAGAAUGUAUAUAAUGCAUGGACUGUGUAAACACAUGCAAACACACUUAUGCACGUACACUGGUGAAUGUGAAUAGGAACAUCUUAAAUUGCUGGUAGGAUACCAGAAAAGAGACAGUAAUAUAAACUAUAGUCCUGAUUGUGAUCUUACACUGGUUAAAUUCCAUUGACUUAAGUGGAGGUACUCCUGGUUAGACUCUGGCCCCUAUGUAGCAGGCUGGGCAAAGCCAAGAGGGGCAUUUCUAUCCAUUUUAUGUGCCAAAAAGAUUUCCUCACUGAGUCUGUGGCAUAUUCUGUGUCAACAAAGACUGUACAUACUGGUGAGCCAAUAGCAUUUAAACAUGCUUCUAGGAAGAAUCUGAUGUUAAACUGCAAGGGAAGGGCAGAAAUAACUUACACUAAGAUGAGCUGGUUUUUUUUAAUUCAUAGUUUAUAUUCUAUUUCUUUUUAAUUUUCAUGCUUUUACAGGGCCUAAUUCACCUGUCCUUCAUCCUCACACCUUCAUUGCAGGCUGUUCUGCCUGCCGUUCUGAGCAGGGAGGUACAGUAUCAUUGCUGAGAGUCUCUUCAGUGACUUCUUUGCAUCAGUGGCAGAUAACUGGAUAGCUGAGGAAUGUACCGUAAUCUCCUGGAAACAGGGAGCUGGUUCUGUUACUGAUAUUUAUGGCCCUCUCACAGUUUAAAGUGUUAUACAAUCUAUACACAGAUUAUUUUUAGCUUUUGAAAAACAAAUCAUUUUCCUAACACAGCUCAGACCCUAAGGAAACGCUCUUUUAGGGCAUUUCUUUGCUAAAGCCCACAAAAGAGAGGGCCAAAAUCACUACUGUUGUAAGUAGGCACAUCUCCAGUGGACUGGUGCCCACCUAGAGAUGUGUGGAUUCUGGCCUUUAGAGUGAAACGUUUAAUUAUAAAAUUUACAAUUUCUGAUUCAGAGGAUUUCUCUGCAUUUAAAUGGGUUGGGGCUAUGGCACUUGUUUUGUCAACAUGCACACACAAGUGUGUGGUUGUGUGGCUCAUACAUAACUCUAUAUUAGUUAUGUAUCAUAGGAUAAUUUUCACAGUGGAUGUGUUUCUUGGCUCUAGGCUUUUCCUAUUUAUAUGAGAGUAUGUGAAUGUUGUACAAUAAAUAAUACAGUUGUAUAAUUUAGCUUAUUAAUAAGAUACAGUGUAUCAGAAGGAGUAGCCUAACAGCAGUAGCAGCAGCAUUCCUUGUUUGUAGAGGGGCUUUUGUUUCACAUUGUUUGCACAAAAAUCAUCCUCUCUUUGUUUGGAAAUAAAUGUAUUGAUAAUUUUAUUUAUGGGGAUGCACACAGGAGGGAAAAACGAUCCAUGUAAUAGGAGCUCAUCUGUCUGCAGCUAAACAAAUUGUGCCCGUAGAUAACCAUGUUAGUGUAACCUCCCUUUUCUCCUCCUAUGACCUGGUGUACUAGCCUAUCAUGGUUUAUCUCUAACCUAAAAAAACAAAGAGAGUAACAUGUUGAAUGGCUUUAAGUUAAGUUGAUAUCUGUUUUUAAAAAGAUGUAAAUAGCAACAUAGUAAGAACUGCUUUUCAGAAUUUUUUCCACAGCUGAUUUCUCCUCCCACCCCACCCCUGCCUUUUAUAUCUGAUAUAUAAACAUGUUGUAUUUA